UUGCUUGUCGUACGUGAUGACAUGAAGCUCCUCUCGGCCUCUUUCGGUAAGCUCACCCAACGCUACCUCGGCAUCUCGUCCACCUCCCACUUCGCCCACCACUAAAGGCACAUCUACCCAUGCAUAACGAAGCCUUUUCUCACGUAUGUCCUACUUCCUCCACGGCAGCACCUCGCACACAGGCAUGGGCUGGGUCGAUAGUAUUCCCCGCGCGGGGAACCUCUACAUCGGCGGCCUCUACGCACUAUACCAGACGGACCUGAUCAAAGCCGCGGGCAUCACGCACGUGGUCUCAGUCGUAGACUACGAGCUCGGCCUGGACAAGCCACACCUCUCCGACCUAAAGAAGCUGCACAUCUGGGCCGAGGACGACCCGAACGCGGAUCUGCUGCAGUGGUUUGAGCGGACGAGUGCGUUUAUCCGAGAGGGGCUGGAGGGCGAAGGGAGCGCUGUAUUUGUGCACUGCGCAAUGGGGAAGAGUCGGAGUGCGGCGGUUGUGGUCGCGUAUUUGAUGGCGCGGUAUGGGGUUGGGGCUGAGGAGGGGAUGCGAUGGGUUGAGGAGGGGAGGCCGGUUUGCGAUCCUAAUCCGGGGUUUAAGGAGCAGUUGAAGGUUUGGGAGGGGAUGUUGAAGGCAGGGGAAGGUGGGGAGAAGAGGAGGAUGUAUGGGGAGUGGAAGGAGGGUGGGUUUAAGGGGAGUGCGUGGGAGUGGGAGAAGAGGGUUGAGACGGAGAGGGAGAAGGCUAGGCUUUGA